GGUGGUGAAAUUUAUCUUUCGCACGCUAUGGCGUCUGUGCCGUAAGCAUGUUAACUGCGCUGUAAACUACUUAUUGUAACAUUUACGCUCAAUUACCAAUAGUCGAUAUAUUUUGUUUAUCCGCUGUGCAAAAAUCGCGUAGUUUAGCCAUAAGAAGCUAAUGCUUUGCGUCUAGGGGGAAUCUCAAUUUUGCCAGUAGUGCGCCUGCUGCCGCUGCGAUGAGCCGGAGUUCAAACGAUUCAGAAGAAGACGGCGAGAUUGAUCGUGAAGAAACGCGCUACAACAUGGUUUCGAGCAGUGUCGCUUCGCCCACAAAGGACUACGCCGAACAAGCGGAUGAAAGUGACAGUUAUGACACUGAAGACGGAGGUGAGGACAUGCUGAACAUACAGCCCCCCCAGGCAACAAUCGUGAUUCCAAAGCGUGACCGGCGAGAUCGCAAGCGUGACAGGCAUUCAAGAAAGCACGAAUCUUCCCACAGCCGUGGCAAGGACCGCCAGCCGAGCAGCCGAGAUCGGAGCGGUGGACACCGGGACAGCCGGCGUGCUGCUGCUGACAGCAGCAGUCACAGGAGUGGUAGCACCCGUAAUCGCGACACACGCGAGCACGAGAGUCGGCACCGGCAAACCCACCGAACAGAGGAAAAGGUGGCUCGGCCGGUGGAACCGCCAUCACGUUCUGGGCGGAAUGAGGCCAGCAGCAGCAGCGGCAGUAGCAGCAGCAAAGAGCAGGCAAGGGCUCCUCCACGAGAUGUUGGUCGGAGUGUGCAGAGAGAACCGAAAGAAGUGGCCCGCAGCGAGCUGCGGGACGCACGCGAGAAGAUCCGAGAAGCUAAAGAGGCACGGGAGCAGCGGGAAAGAGAACAGCGGGAGAGAGAGGAACGAGAACAAGAACGUCUUCAGCGAGAGUGGCGCAAAGAACGGCUUCUUAUAGUGGGACAAGCGGCAGCCCAGCGGGAGAGGGACAGGGAGCACCGAAAGACAGAGGUGGUUCGCUCAGCGGCCGAAGUCCCCAAGCUGACCAGCAGAGACCGCAGUCGAAGUCCUCUCGCACGGAGUUCAGACGACCGGUCAGACCUGCCAGAAAUCUCUCUCACAGUUGAGGAUGAACGCCUCACUGACAUCGAGGACGAAGAGCCAAGUCCACCAAAAAUGGUCUCUCAUAGCGGUCAGGGAGAGCCAAGAAUGGCUUUAAUGGACACAACCACCAAAGAGCAGCCGCCACCACCACAACCACAACCGCGCGCUGUUGCGAAGAGUUCCGACGAUGACGAUGAUGAUGAUGACGACGACGACGAUGAUGACGAUGGGUCCGACAUUUCCUCAGACUCGAGCAGCGAGGACAGCAGCGACUCUGAUGGUUUGGGCCUGUUUUUCAGGCCAGGGAAGACAUCAGACUCGGAAGUGAGCGAUCCAUUGUACAGUAAAGAGCGCCAUGCUCGUUUGAGAGCCACACUGAAAGCACUCGUUAAAGAGGAGACAGACUACCAGCAUUCACAUCAUCGAGAUAGCAGCAGCAGUGAAGAUGACUCUGAGGAUGACGAAAAGUAUUCGGAAGACGGAAAAGUUGAUGGUACAGAUGUGGGUAAGAGAGGAACUGAUACUGAUCAUCUCAAAAAGCUUCUGAAGAAGUGUGAAAAAUUUCUGAAUAAGUUCGAAAAAAUGAAAGAAGCCACACCGAAAGUAGAAACAGUGAAUGUCAAUACAACUGGUGAGGCCUCUCCACUGAGCGAAGACGACGAUGGCACUCAGCUACCCCCAUACUUGCCAGCCAUUCAGGGCUGUCGUAGUGUUGAAGAGUUCCACUGUCUCAACCGCAUCGAGGAAGGCACAUACGGCGUUGUGUACAGAGCAAGAGACAAGCAGACAGAUGAGAUUGUGGCUCUGAAGCGACUGAAGAUGGAAAAAGAGAAAGAAGGCUUUCCAAUAACAUCCCUCCGAGAGAUCAACACCCUCCUCAAAGCGCAGCAUCCGAAUAUUGUCACCGUUCGAGAGAUAGUCGUGGGCAGCAACAUGGACAAGAUCUACAUUGUGAUGGACUACGUGGAGCAUGACCUAAAGAGCCUGAUGGAAGUUAUGAAGCAGCCAUUCCUAGUGGGCGAGGUGAAGACACUGAUGCUUCAGCUGCUCAAGGCAGUGGCCCACCUUCAUGACAACUGGAUCCUUCAUCGGGACCUCAAGACCUCCAACCUCCUGCUCAGUCACAAGGGCAUCCUAAAGGUUGGUGACUUUGGUCUAGCUCGAGAAUAUGGGUCACCCCUGAAGCACUACACUCCCAUUGUAGUCACCAUGUGGUACCGUGCUCCAGAACUGCUUCUUGGGGUCAAGGAGUAUUCGACGCCCAUCGACAUGUGGUCCGUGGGUUGCAUAUUUGGCGAGCUUCUCACAAUGAAGCCGCUGUUCCCUGGAAAGUCGGACAUUGACCAGCUGAAUAGAAUCUUCAAGGACCUUGGCACUCCCAGUGAGAAAAUUUGGCCUGGCUAUACCGAGCUUCCCCUAGUGAAGAAAGUGACCUUCACGGAGCACCCCUACAACAACCUGAGAAGCCGGUUCGGCCACACGCUCUCAAACCUGGGUUUUGACCUGAUUAACAAGUUCCUGACCUAUUACCCGCAGCGCCGCAUCACUGCGGAGGACGCGUUGAAGCACGAGUUUUUCAAUGAGACGCCGGUGCCCGUGGAUCCGUCCAUGUUUCCGACAUGGCCAGCCAAGAGUGAGCUGGGUCACAGAAAGGCACAGAGUCCCAAGCCUCCAUCUGGUGGAAAGCAGUUUGCCAAACAACUGGGCGAAGGAGAUGACGAAGGACUUCUGGCGGCUGCAGGCUUUCACAUGAACAUCCCCAGCAAGGGAAGUUCAGCCAAGGGAACUGGCUUCAGCCUGAAGUUUUAGAAUUGCCGCAGAACACACGGUUUAGGCUGUGUCCAUGACUGUUAUGUGUAUAUAAAACAUAAGACAUUACCUGAUGCAUCCUUCUUAUAAAAGUAUGAUACAUGA